AUGGUGGACAAGUUCUCGAAGUAUGCUAUUUUUAUUACUGCUCCACUUACUUGCCCAUCAGAAGUUGCUGCUGGAUUAUUCUAUAAGAAUGUGGUAAAGCAUUUUGGUUUGCCAAGUGAUAUUGUGAGUGAUAGAGAUGUGUGGUUCACUGUGGAAUUCUUAGAUCAGAAUAUUGAGUCAUGUGAUAAGCAUGCAUCUAUGUCCAAUGGAAUGUUGUCAGGUGUCAUUGGUGGUAACUAUUGGUGUUUUCUAUUAGGUACCUUGAAAAUGGAAGGAAAAACAUCAUCUACCCCAGAUAGUUAUAGUAUUUAUACUACCUCACAUCCUUUUGAAAAUUACAUCGAAACCUUGAAGGUCUACGCGAAUUGA